GCCUAUCAGAGGGCGGGGGCGGAGCGUAUCCCGGAAGUGUCGGGACAGGGAUGCGCUGGUGGUCGGCGGUGCUGGGGCUGCUCUUGCUGCGGCUCGGGCUCCAGGCUCUGCGGGGUUUCAUCGGUCCGGGGGCGGUGCGGGCGGCCAGGUCGGUGAAGUCGGGCGCUGCGGCGGUGUGCCGCACCUCCUAUGGGCGCUUCCACCUCAGGGACGAGUAUGGGCGCAGGUACAGCUCCUUCCCGGCCGGUCUGCGCCGCGAGAUGCGGGAGAUGGCGCGGGGGAUGUUCUCCUUCGGUUAUGACAACUACAUGAGAUAUGCCUUCCCGGAGGACGAGCUGAACCCCAUCCUGUGCCGGGGCCGAGGGCCGGACACCGGGAACCCUUCAAAUCUUAACAUCAAUGAUGUCCUGGGGAACUAUUCUCUUACCCUGGUUGAUGCCCUGGACACGCUGGCGGUCAUGGGCAACGCCAGCGAGUUCCAGCGGGCCGUGCGCCUGGUCAUCGACACGGUGACUUUUGAAAAGGAUUCCACUGUGCAGGUGUUUGAGGCAAACAUCAGGAUUUUGGGGAGCCUCCUGUCCGCACACAUCAUCCUGACGGACGCUCAGCAGCCCUUCGGCAACAUGACGGUAUAUGGUUAUGAUGAUGAACUUCUGCACAUGGCGCACGACCUCGCCGUCCGGCUGCUCCCAGCCUUUGAGAACACGAAAACGGGAAUGCCUUAUCCGAGAGUGAACCUGCAGAAGGGGGUACCUCCUGACAGCCUGAACGAGACCUGUACCGCAGGGGCUGGAUCCCUCCUGGUCGAGUUUGGGAUCCUCAGCCGCCUCCUCGGAGACUCCACCUUUGAGUGGGUGGCCCGCCGCGCCGUGCAAGCUCUCUGGAACCUCCGGAGCAAUCACACGGGUCUUCUGGGCAAUGUGGUGGAUAUCCAGACGGGUCAGUGGGUGGGGAAGCAGAGCGGCCUGGGAGCCGGCCUAGACUCCUUCUACGAGUAUCUGCUGAAGUCUUACAUCUUGUUUGGAGAGGAGGAAGAUUUGCACAUGUUCAAUGAGGCUUAUAGAAGCAUCCAGAACCACCUGCGGAGGGGACGAGAAUCGUGCAAUGAAGGUGAGGGCGACCCUCCGCUGUACGUCAACGUGAACAUGUUCAAUGGGCAGAUCAUGAACACUUGGAUAGACUCUCUCCAGGCUUUCUUCCCUGGCCUGCAGGUCUUAAAAGGAGACGUAGAGGAUGCAAUUUGCCUCCACGCCUUUUACUAUGCAAUCUGGAAGCGCUAUGGAGCUCUGCCCGAGAGGUACAACUGGCAACUGCAGGCGCCAGACGUCUCCUUCUACCCACUCAGACCAGAACUGGUGGAGUCCACCUACCUCCUCUAUCAGGCCACCAAGAAUCCUUUUUACCUGCACGUUGGAAUGGAUAUUUUGCUGAGCCUGGAGAAGCAUGCCAAGGCAGAGUGCGGGUAUGCGACGCUGCACCAUGUGGUGGACAAGUCUCAGGAGGAUCGUAUGGAGAGUUUCUUCUUGAGCGAAACAUGCAAAUAUUUGUUCUUGCUGUUUGAUGAAGAAAAUCCGGUGCACACGACGGGGAACAGAUACCUCUUCACCACCGAGGGGCAUCUCAUCCCGCUGGACCCUCGUUUUAGGAACAAAGCCUGGAAAGAUUUCUUCCACUCUGAGCAGAAGACACGAGCUGACCCCGAGAAGCUGUCCCAGACCAGGCUGAGAGCGGCCAACGGCAGCACCAACUGUUACAGAGUUCCUGCGGAGCGCAGAUACUCCUUACCCCUGAAGAGCGUCUACAUGCGGCAGAUCGAUCAGAUGGUCGGCCUCCUUUAGCGUCUGCUCUUCCUCCUGACAAUCCUGAUACUUGAGAUGCAUCGAGGGC